CUCUUAAAUGCAAGUCAACCAGCUCAUCUCUCCAGUUCAGUCAAUGGUCCACCACCAUGUUUGCAUCAAUAUUCUUGUUGUCGCUCUGUGUUUUCUUCAUUAUUCUGCAGCUCAAACAACGGAGACCCAAGAACUUCCCACCGGGACCCCCUAUUCUUCCUGUAUUGGGGAACCUUUUGCAACUGAGCUUGGACAACCCUUUGAAGGACUUUGAGAGGCUGAAUGCAUCUUAUGGGGAGGUUUACAGCCUGUUUAUUGGUCCAAAACCAGCUGUUAUCAUUAAUGGACUCAAGGCCAUGAAGGAGGCGAUUGUCAUCAAGGGCACUGAUUUUGCAGGACGACCCCAAGAUCUGUUUGUUAAUGAUGUCAGCCAGAGGAAAGGAGUGAUCCUGGCAGAUUAUGGCUUAAGUUGGAGGGAACACCGCCGCUUCGCCCUCAUGACCUUGAGGAACUUUGGACUUGGGAAGAAGUCAAUGGAGGACAGAAUUAAUGAUGAGAUCCACUACAUCAAUAAAACACUGGAAAAGAGCAUUGGAAAACCCUUUAGUCCUCAGGUUAUGUUUCAUAAUGCGGCCUCCAACAUCAUCUGCCGGGUUCUGUUUGGUACACGUUAUGAGUAUGAUGACGAGAUGAUCAAAGUGAUUGUUCAGUGCUUUACUGAAAAUGCUAAGCUGACCAAUGGACCAUGGGCUAUGCUCUAUGACUCUAUUCCCUUAAUUCGUAACUGGCCGCUGCCCUUCAGAAAAGCCUUUAAGAAUGCAGAGACUUGUCAGAGUAUUGCAAUUCGUUUGGUGAACGAGCACAAGAAAACCAGAGUUCCUGGGGAGCCUCGAGACUUUGUUGACUGUUAUCUGGAUGAACUGGAUCAGAGGGGUGAUAGUUCUUCAUUUUCAGAGGGACAGCUCAUUAUGUACUCUCUAGAUCUUCAUUUUGCUGGAACUGACACCACCUCCAACAGCCUGCUCACUGGUUUCCUUUACCUGAUGAACUAUCCUCACAUACAAGAGCGCUGCCAGCAGGAGAUAGAUCAGGUCUUGGAGGGGAAGGAUCAGGCAAACUUUGAGGACAGGCAUAAUAUGCCUUACGUGCAGGCUGUGGUCCAUGAAGUGCAGAGGAUUGCCAACACUGUUCCUCUCAGUGUCUUUCACUGCACAACUAAAGACACAGAGCUCAUGGGAUAUUCUAUACCCAAGGGUACAAUGGUCAUCCAGAACCUGACCUCCGUACUGAGGGAGGAAGGACAGUGGAAAUAUCCUCAUGAAUUCAACCCUGAAAACUUCCUGAAUGAUCAGGGAGAGUUUGUCAAACCAGAAGCCUUCAUGCCUUUCUCUGCAGGGCCUCGGAUGUGUCUGGGAGAGGGUCUGGCUCGUAUGGAGCUCUUCCUCAUCGUUGUCAGUCUGCUGAGGAGGUUUAAGUUCAUCUGGCCUGAAGAUGCAGGAGAACCAGACUUUACUCCAGUCUUUGGAGUCACUCUAACUCCCAAACCAUAUUACAUGAAAGUCCAACUGAGGUCAGUGGAGUGAGGAUGUUUGCAGACACACGGCAGAAGCCGUUUCACUGAGAUAAACACUGACUGGAACUGGAAGUUAUUCCUGAAUUGGGAAAACCUUACUUUACAGCAUCCUCAUCGUAUCAAGCUCCUGCUCAUUCAUCAUUCAAAUUGUGUGUGAUGUUCUUUUUCAAGAUAUUGACAUAUGUGAGCCAAUGUUAACAUAAUUCAAAUAGAAGUAAUACAGAGGCAUCUCAGUUGUUGAGCACUCUGACUGUUUAUCUGAUACUACUGGUCAGUUAAGUGGUACUAACAUGUGUCAUAUCCUUUAACCUGCAAAAAGGAAAGAAGAAGUUUCUAAAAUAAACUUUAAAAUGCAGAUUAAUUGUAUAUAAAAUCUGUGUAUCACCAAUUUAUUUAAAAAAAAAUGUCUUGGGAUUUGUAUGAGAAUAUGUGAUUGUAGUAGUGGUGAGAGAGGUAAGCAGGAAAGCGGGAGGAACUGGGUAUGUACGGAAAUGGAGUGAGACAAUAAAACAGGUUGAAAUAC